ACUUUAUACAGGGCUGUGUCAUGAAAAAGAAUUGCCUCUGCUUCCACAGCCGCAAGCUUCAUUGAACGGAAGUCUAUCUUUUUAGUUCUGCCGCUUUUUGCCAUUUAUCCCAUCGCAGGGAUCAGCCACCUACAUAUUACAUACUCAAGCUGAGAUGGGAAUCAGGGAGGACAUCGAGGGUGGGGUGCAGCAGAAAAUUACAGAUCCACUGAUCAGGGAAUCGAAGGCCGUGGCUGCUGAAGAGAGGAGCGAUACUGCGCUUACAAGCACUGGGCAGCCAUGGAUGGUGUACUUGGGUACCGUUGUCGCAGUCUGUGGAUCCUACGAAUUUGGAGCUUGUGCCGGUUAUUCAUCGCCUGUUCAAGAUGAGAUCAUAGAGGAUCUCAAUCUGUCUUUGGCAGAGUAUUCACUGUUCGGAUCCAUCUUGACUUUCGGCGCCAUGAUUGGUGCAGUUACUAGUGGGCCCAUUGCUGAUUUUAUUGGACGUAAAGGGGCAAUGAGAACGUCGAGUGCAUUCUGUAUUGCGGGGUGGCUUGCUAUUUACUUCUCUGAGGGGACAUGGCCACUGGACAUCGGGAGGCUGGCAACAGGAUAUGGAAUGGGAGUAUUUUCCUAUGUGGUACCAGUCUUCAUAGCAGAAAUUGCUCCGAAAGAACUCCGAGGAAGGCUUACUACUCUAAAUCAGUUCAUGAUUGUCACAGCGGUCUCUGUGUCGUUUAUUAUUGGAACAGUAAUUUCAUGGAGGGCUUUGGCAUUAACUGGCCUUAUUCCCUGUGCUAUACUGCUUUUUGGUCUCUUCUUUAUUCCGGAGUCUCCCAGAUGGCUGGCCAGGAAAGGAAGAGAAAAUGAUUUUGUGUCCGCGCUGAAAAAAUUUCGUGGCAAGGAUGCUGACAUAUCUGAAGAGGCAGAAGAAAUUCAGGAUUACAUAACAACUCUAGAUCGACUCCCAAAACCCAGGCUGCUGGAAUUGUUUCAGAGUAGAUACUUGCGUUCGGUCACUAUAGGAAUCGGUCUAAUGGUCUGCCAACAAUUCGGGGGAAUCAAUGGAGUUUGCUUUUAUGUCAGCCGUAUUUUUGAAUUGGCAGGAUUUUCUUCUAGCAUUGGGUCUAUAAUAUAUGCUGUUCUUCAGAUUGUGGUCACUGGCAUCGGGGCAGCCUUGAUAGAUAAGACUGGAAGGAAGCCCUUGUUACUGGUUUCUGGAUCAGGACUGGUCGCAGGUUGUAUAAUCACUGCAAUGGCAUUCUAUUUUAAGGUUCAUGAUGUGUUCCUUGACACAGUCCCGGCACUUGCUGUGACGGGCAUACUGGUUUAUAUAGCAUCAUUUUCUGUGGGAAUGGGAGCAAUUCCUUGGGUUAUAAUGUCAGAGAUAUUUCCUAUUAACAUCAAAGGGCAGGCGGGAAGCCUAGCAACAUUAACGAACUGGUUUGGUGCAUGGUUAUGUUCUUACAGUUUCAACUUUCUGAUGAGUUGGAGCUCCUAUGGUACCUUUGUCCUCUAUGCGGCAAUCAAUGCACUGGCUGUGUUGUUUAUAGUUGUAGUAGUGCCCGAAACUAAAGGGAAAAGCCUGGAACAAUUACAAGCAGCCAUCAACAACUAGGUAAGUUUCUUGCAGUCAAAGGUAUCAGCGGAACGAGACACUUUAUCUGACGGAGUUGAAGAAAGAAUGGGAAUUCCUAUUAUGUGUCUGCCUCUAUAUUCACAUAACCAACCCCCCCCCGGGGGGCCAAAAAAAAAAAACAUAUGGUGGUGUCAAAAAGCUAAGGCUUUUUAAGAUUUUAUGUAAGUUUUAUUUAGACACCGGGGAGCUCCAAGACGAUCAUAUUUGAUAAUUUAAAGAACUGGCUCAAGGAGAACGUUAAGCAACCUCAUGCAAGUACACA